AUGCAACCUCGCACCAAAGGAUCAAAACGAAAAAGAUGGAAGAGCUACUUUGGCCCGGACGGCAAAUUACGACCUUUCAGACUUCUCCGCCAAGACAUUGGGAAUGUCAGAAAGAGAUAUAUAUCUGACUGGACAUUAUUCAAUCAGUUGAUAUUCGCAAGCGCGGUCUAUGUCUUCUUUACCAAUAUCUUACCUGGAAUCACUUUUGCUAGUGAUCUCUAUGUCUUGACUGGCAUGACUUGGGGAACGAUCGAGGUUGUUUUCAGUACUGGUUUAUGCGGUAUUAUCUUUUCAUUAUUCUCUAUUCAACCUCUGACCAUUCUUGGUGUUACUGGACCUUUCUCUGUACUAGCCGAGAACAUCUAUUCGUUAUGUAUAAAUUCUUUCCAUGUAAAUUUCCUUCAUUUUAUGGCAUGGUCUCUCAUCCAUUCUGCCUGGAUGCAUUAUCUUCUCGCUAUAUUCAAUGCUCAUGACUGGACCAUGCAGUAUGUCACUACAUUCAGCGCAGAUAUUUUCUCGCUUUUGAACAGUGUCAUCUAUUUUCACAAAGCUGUCCAGGAGUUGCAAAGAAAUCAUGAGGCUGUAUCAUUUGCCUCAUUUCUAUAUUCCGUCAUUGGAGCAGUAGGAACCUUUCUCGUUGCAGUCGUUCUAUCGACUGCGAACUCCUGGCAACCACUCUUUCAUCGGUAUGUACGCAUGGGUCUCUCAGAGUAUGCCGCAGCGAUCUCCAUCAUUCUUUGGAUUGGAAUGCCGAACAUUGGAGAGCUUGCCACGUUAGACAAGCAGACACUGGUGGUUCAGACUUCAUUUCGUCCGUCCGACCCAAGCAGAACAGUUUUCUUCGUGCAGUUCUGGAAGUUGCCCAUCGAGUGGAUCUUCAUCUCCAUUAUUCCAGGAGCCAUCAUUACCAUCCUAUUCUAUUUCGAUCAUGAGAUCAGUAGCAUCAUCUGUACGCUUGAGCGCUACGGAACUAAGAAGCCUGGAGGCUUUGCCUGGGAUAUCUUCUUGCUUGGAACUACAACGGCGAUUUGUGGCAUCCUUGGUAUCCCGCCGGCAAAUGGGCUUUUGCCUCAAGCACCAUUGCACUCCGAGUCCCUGAUGCAUACAGUCAAAACCGAAUCGAUUGAAAUAGAUGAAAAGACAGAGAGCAGAAGAAUUGUGAUCAGAGAAAAGCAACAAGUCUACGAACAACGAUGGUCACCUUUCCUUCAAGCAGCAGGAAUAUUGAUUUUCAUCUCUCCACCGUUCCAACAUGUUCUUGGAUUGACACCGACCUCUGUACUUGCCGGCCUCUUUCUCUUCAUGGGCGAGCAAUCACUAGCCGUCAACCCGAUUCUGUACCGCUUCUUCUACAUGCUCACUCCUGCGUCCGAGCUUCCUCCUCUUCCGAAAGGGGUCAAGAAUUAUCGGGGUAUACAUGCGUAUACAAUUGUGCAGAUCGUGAUGACUGGAAUCAUUUUCUACGUCACGCUGACAGUGGCAGCCCCAGCGUUUCCGAUCAUCAUUAUAGCAAUGGUUCCAGUUAGGUUGCUGCUCAUGAAUAGGUUUUGGGGAAGGGAGACAUUGAGGUUCGUCGACUCUUGGGCUUGCAAGGAUGGGACACCGGAGGAUGAUGAAGAUAGAAGAAAUGGGAUUGAUGGCGGAGAAAGGAAAAAGAAAGAGAAAGCUGUGGCGAAUAGUGAUUGUGGUAGAGACAGAGGUUUAGGAGAGGAACUGGUGUAA